AGUUUGUUGUGGGCCGAGAAGAGUUGAGCCGUCAAAAUGUAUCUAAGUUAGUGAGCCGCGCGGGUAUCCGGGCCGUCGCCUCCGUAAUGCACCGGACGUAGGCAAUGUUUCAGUACUUUCAGUUCCGACGCUCCAGUCCGCCGCCGGGAGCGCACGGGACGGCCGCGCGACCCUUCCCGUCUCCCGGCCGAGACCGCCUCCGAACGCAAAGCCGUAUCAAAUAUUUACACAGCCCUAAUACUACUAAUAAAAUUUCAUCGCGCCACUUACCCUUCUCUCUACUCCCGUUCAAAAAUAUGAUUCAACAGUAAAGUUGCAGAUAGCAGCAAGUGCAAAAAUUCCGUGUUUUGUAUCCGUUACUGUAAUGGCACGAACGACAAGAAACCCUCUCGGGCUGCUGACGUCACUCGGCAGCAGCACGACCACUGCGACGGCGGUGCCCACCGCCGCUACCGUCACAGUUGCCAAGCAAAGUGCCAACAACAAAAGGCCUACACCUAUCAUCAUUUAUCCGACCGUGACUCCGGAAUCAAUAGUGGUGCCGAUUGUGUCAUGCAUAUUCGGUUUUCCAUUGCUGGCAUUGACCGUUAUAUGUUGCCUUCGAAGAAGAGCGAAACUUGCUAGAGAACGAGCUCGACGCCGAAACUGCGACUUGGAUCGCGGCGAGCUGUCCGUGGUGCGCCUGUCACCGGUGAAGGCGCGGGCGCGCGCGGUCAGCCUGGCGCGUGCCUCGCGCGCGCUGCCGGCCCUGGAGCUGGACACCGUGCUAGAGGAGCGCUCCGACCCCGAGCAGACGACGGUGUCGCAAGUGGAGAUGACUCCAGACCGUGAAGUGGGCGCGAUCCUAUUCGGAGCGGUGGGCGCAAUGGGCACGGCGGCGGCGACGGCGGCCGCGUGCGCGCGCGAUAGCUAGCGCCGGGGCUCGGCGCAGCUCGGCGCCCGCUCACCGCUCUGGGCCGCGCUGACCAGCCAACCGCUGGACGCCGACGACCCCGACCCCGAUGACCCGGACGCGGACGACCCCGAGCUGGAGAUCGACGAGCCCAGCUAGCAACUAGACGAACGCUCGGUGGCCGACAUCGGCGAGCAUAUCAAACUCUUCCUGGACAUUCCCCUUAGAUUUUAGUGAAUAUCAGCCGCAUAUCCGCAGCCUGUGAGGUGUCAAUGUUAUUGGAAACUAGAGGUUUCUUAAUCGGGCAGUUGUACUUAUCACUUGCAGAGAACUCCGCUUUGGGUAAUCUGAAUAAUAAAGUGUGAAUUUAAGAGCUGCAACAACUAAUCUCACUUUAUUGCUUGAAGACAGAGGGGAGUGCUUGGUUAGCGAUGAAAUU